AUGUGGAAUGAGGAGUCCGCAGCCCUAAUCCGUACCAUGUUUCACAAGCUUUCUGUGCAAGCCAUGAUGGCAAGUCAGGCUGAACACUCGUUCCAGAUCUUAUUGCUUCGGCAAAACUCUACGGUGCAUGUUACAGUCGGGUGCGAAGCGCAGAGACUAUACCAGUUUGAGCAACACAGCGUUUGCAAUCCCGGAUCGCCUCGGUCCACCCCUAGCCUGUCGGGAUCUUCAACGCCGGGGAGUGAUUAUGAUUCAUUGCUUUCGAAUUCGUCACUGCUAGACGGAGGCGAUGAUCAAUAUGUGCUUGUUACCGGAGGACUUGGCUUCAUCGGAAGCCAUACGGUGUUAGAACUCCUGAAGAGCGGCCACAAUGUCAUUAUCGUCGACGACCUUAGCAACAGCGAGAGCGAUGUGUUCGACCGCAUCCUCAGGACAGCACAACAACACUACGCUAUCUUAGGAGAGAUAUGUCCUCAAGCAUACUUCUAUCGUAUGGACUACCGCGAUAUGCAGGGGAUGCAAGGUCUUCUGGAAAAGUACUCUUGGCCAAAAUCGCUUUUUCCAGAUUCGCGAGGAAAUAUCCGUUCGAAGAUUACCGGCGUUAUCCACUUCGCAGCCUACAAAGCUGUGGAGGAGAGCAUCCGACAGCCAAUGCGAUACUACCACAACAACAUUUCUGGACUUCUCUACUUUCUGGACCUUUUGGAGGAAGCCAAUAUCAAGAAGUUCAUCUUCUCUUCAAGUGCUGCCGUUUAUGGAACGCAAGCUGAUGGGUCACAAUUCCUCCGCGAAGAACACGUUACCCAUGAACCUGAGACAUAUCUCGAUGUCGACGGCAACAGCAGAUCGACGGAGCCAGGGUACCAAGGGAUCACCAGUCCUUAUGGUAGGACAAAGUUUUUCGGUGAAGCCAUUUUGUCGGACCUUGCGCGGAGCGAUCCUGAUUGGACAAUCGUUGCACUGCGAUACUUCAAUCCCGUUGGUUGCGACUCCGAGGGCUUGCUGGGUGAAGACCCGAAAGGGACGCCAUCCAAUCUAUUACCAGUCGUCACGAAGGUCCUGAAAGGCCAAUUACCUGAACUGUCCAUUUACGGAGGUGACUGGGACACUUUUGACGGUACGGCAAUUCGUGACUACAUUCACGUCUCAGAUCUCGCGAAUGGUCACACAGCGGCAUUGACAGCAGCAAGCAUGGGUCGCGUGUCUGGUUUCCGCACGUUCAACCUUGGAGUCGGGAAAGGUACCACUGUCAUGGAGGUUGUACAUACCAUGGAGAAAGCAUCGCAAGGGACCAUCAACAGGAAGGUUGUUGAAAGACGGGCAGGUGAUACCCAGGCUUCCAUCGCGAAUGCAGACCGCGCCAGGUCAGAGUUGGGUUGGUCAACAAGCAAAACACUAUUCGAUGCCUGCUAUGACACUCUGAAUCACCUCAAGCUCAAAAAUGGAGUCUGAAGUAAACGAAGUUUAAGGUUUUACCGGCGUUCGCGACGAUUCUCAAAGGGCGUUUGGAGUUUGAUGUUGCAUACCCU